AUGCUCGCCGACAAUAAUAUGCUUGGAGCGGAACCCUCCUACGGACACAGGCGACCGAUGACAACAACACCAGAGGAACCUGCACAACCAACACCACCACCGGCGAGCAAUCCAGCAAAGCCAGUUGCUGCUGCCGACGAUACCCAGUGCAGUUCCCGCCCUGCCGCUGUCUCCAUGUCCCGGAAAAACGCCAACUCUCGAGAGCGGUUACUGGAUGAGCACAAACAAGGAACGGCUGCAAUCGCUGCCGCGGCAGCUGAAAGUUCCCAGAGUCACACUGCGAAUGGACUCCAAACACAAGGUCCUCAGACAUCUUCGACUCACGAAAGGAAUGGGGCACCCGAGGAGCGCAAACCGCCACCAGCGGCUGGGACGGGGAGGAAUGUUCACGGUAGAGACGAGGCACCUCCACGUCCAACCAAACGACCACAUGACUUGAAAACCUCACCAGCGCUGCUGCGAAAAGCCAUCACGGCUAUCAAGCCCCCGGGCUACCAGCCAUCAGCAUCUUCCAAGGGGUACGGUCAGCGCUCCUCUCAAGUCGCUAAGAGUCCGGAGGAGCCAGCGAAGCAGUCACCAUCAGCGAGCGCACCAAAACCUGCACAAACCCCUCCUCCUUCCGUGACUCUCUCCGUGGCCCCUCCCGUCGAGGUCCCGUCGAGGCAGGACGAUGUCGCCAGUGCGCGAAGGAACAGCAUUUCCGACGCAAGUAGCGCAGUGUCCGAUAGAAGCAUUGAUACAUUCGACGAUCGAGCGUCACCUGACGAAUCAUCGAAAUUCCAUCCGAUCAUCGACGGAAGGAGGCGAGACAGUAUUGACUCGAACCGUGGUGAUUCCUCAAAGCAACCUCAUAGAAAGGGAGACACAGAUACAUCCAGGGACAAACGAGCGUCAUUACCGCCGCGCGCUAUGUUUACGCCUGCUCAGCCGAAAUCUGUGACACCUGUCCCCAGCCUUGCUGGCAAGCCGAUCAAGCGACCUCAUCCCGCAAGUGCUGUACAGUCGCAACCUUCAAUACCAUCAGCACCGCGAACCGGCAUGAACCCUUCUGCCGGCAAUUUCACGCCGAGGAACCAUACUCAUCGCCAGCACCCACAGUACGAUAGUCACGAGCAGGAGUCGAACCAUUGGUCAUCGCGAUCGAAUGGCUUCGAUGGCUCUAACAGAAGGAAGUCCCCUGCACGGCAUACAAACGGCCCUUCAGGCUUCUCUGAGAAUAACAGAGAAGCACAAGAACUGAAGGAAAAGGUCGCGUUGUUAGAACGGGAGAAUGCUAGACUGGCAGAUGUCGAAAAGGCUCUGGCAAACGUUUUGGAAGAGAAUAGACGGUUGGCGCAGACGGAGAUCAUGGUGGGUGUCAUGAUGAACGAAUGCACCGAUCUGCGGGAAACCAUUUUGGAUCUGGAACAGGAGGUCAUGUCACUACAGGAGGAAAACGAUAAGCUCAUGGAGCUCCAGAGCGAAGUCAUCAUCAUAGCCGAAAGCGUACCGCCCAACGCUGACGUGGCUAUGCAGCUCCGGGAGCUUGAGGCGCUCAGAGAACAAAAUCGACGGCUAGUGGAUUGGCAGAAGGAGAUGAUUUAUGCUGCUGAAUCCAUGAAUGCGGAGCGUGCGUCUUUCAACCAGCAGCUGGAUCAGUUGAAGCUCGAAAAUGGCGCUCUUGUCCAGCAGAAUUACGUGCUGAGGUCUCAAGCGAAAAAGCUGGCGAGCCGACCGGUUGUCGAGGCGGAAAGCAGCAAAAACUUGGAAACCCGGUCGGUGACUGAGGUGGAACCCAGCAACAAAAUGCUCACCCCACCGACCGUAGAAGUGGAGACGUGUAACAAACCACAAAUCCGGCCGACUGCUGACACGGAACGCAGCAACGGUGCAAAUGUGAGCGGGGCACCCGCCCAGCCACAGCAGGACGAUGUCCUGCAACGCGAGUCACCAAUCCCCCUGCAAAGCGAGUCCUCGAGCGAUAUCACGGAGCCUCCACCAUCCCACGAUUCCCUGCCCGCCACACAAACCGAGAUCAUCGUCGAUGAUCUCUCACAUCCAGCGCAGGAUACCCCGGCUAUCAUAUCUCGUAAAGACGAGAAUCUCGAUCAGUUUGCGAUGCGCGUCGUGGCCGAGAGCCUAGCAGACGCGAUGGAGGUCCUCGAGACGGAACGACGCGCCAGGCGCGCCAGCAUCGUUUGUGAGUGA